ACGAGGACAGUGUGGUUUUUGCAAAGUUGCCAUCUGGAGACAGUCUUGCUGACACCGUGGUCAGUUUGGAUCUAUCGUGGCAUUUAUUCUUAAUUAAAGUGAAUUUAUUUUAUUUCAGUCAGUCAUUUGUGUGUUGUAUGCAGGUGUGGGACUUUCCAAAUGAACAGAGCACUCCCAGAAUGGACAACAGUUUGCCAGGACCUCUCAGGCACCCACAACCAGCGUCUGAUCAGGAUGGAGAACCAACCCCAUUCCAGGAAGAGGUCCAGUCUGCCCCGGGUCAGAACACCUUCUAUAGCACAGAAUACCUGACUGCGCCAGACAUUGUUGCAGAACUCUCUGCAAAAAUUAAAAAUACCUCUUGCAGCAGGUUCAAUAUUAAUAGAGCCAAUGUGUGGGAUGGAGCAAUCCGCGGCUUCAAAGGGGCCUCAUUCGACCCCUCUCAUCAGAUGCAGGUUAAGUUUACUGAUGAUGAGGGACAAACUGAGGAUGGAGUGGACACUGGUGGUCCCAAGCGUGAGUUCCUGACCCACCUAAUGGAAUGCCUGAGAAUGAGAAGAAUAUUUGAUGGUCCACAGGACAGGAAAUUCCUCAAGUUCGACAAUGCAGCUGCAAAAGAUGACGAAUACUUUCAUGCUGGGAGGAUGAUUGCAACUUCUAUAGUUCAAAAACACAAGGAGAAAAAGAAGAAAAUAUGUCAUGGCUCACUGUCUCAAAAUCUGAUUCUAAAUGUAUAAUGUUCUUUAUAAAGAUAUAACUAAUACACAAUUAUGAAUGUAUAAUAUAAGCUGUUUUGUGUAUUUAAUCAUGCGUUGGUCUACAAUUUAAUGAUGGCUUCUACAUAUUUCACAUAAACAGACAAUGAAAAAAUGUGUCCUUCAUGCUGAUAACUAGUGUAUGCAUCUGCCAAUUAGCAUUCUAAACAGAGCAGUGUGUUGAAUCCUUAUUUCUUGCAUUUGAAACAGAUACAAUACAAAAAGUGAACUUACUGUUGUGUUCAACUUCUGCCAAAAACUGUACAUGUUUGCCACAGGAGCCACAGAGCACUUGAACUGUCCCCAGAUGUUGGCCACAGAAA